CGGUCAAUCUCAAGCCCACCGCGUUUCUAGACACGCCCGCCGAGCAAUUCUUCACUCGCAAGAGGACAGCGUUAGUGCUCUCCUGAUUGUUUACCACCGUGCAGGGUGCUAUGCAGUGAGAGGGCUUAUGCUUGCUCCUGUGUUGUAGAACCACUAGCGUCUGAUUUUCCAGAACCAGAACUCCUCACUCUCCCACUCCAAGCUCGGCCACCACACCUCUCGCAGCCACGGUCGCCCGUCAUGUCGGACAGUGAAAGCGAGCAGCAGUCGGCUCAGCUCGAGCCUGAGUUGCGCGAUAUGAAGCUAGAGGAAGGCGCUACCCUGAGCGCGGGUGAGAGCGACGGCAUACAAGUAAAGGCGGAGAACACAGACGCCCCUACACCCUCCGCGAUUCCAUCCCGACUCAAGUCCUCUCGAUCGAAGUCCCAAUCACCCAUGUCAAAGCAUGAAUCCGGAGCGUCAUCGCCAGCCGACAGUACUAAAGAGGAGGUCGUUGGAGGAGACAUCGUGCUGAAGAUGGAGCCUGGGCCAGGAGGCAGAGCCCUCAAGCUCUCGCGCAGCGCCUCUCAGAAAGUCAUCUCGCGCCCCCCGCCGCUCUACCUCGACCUACCAGACUCUACAGAAGCAGCCAAAGAGACAUUCGUCGUUCUUCCAGAGUGCACGUACUCGAACAAAUACAUUGGCACAACCGAUCCAGCCUUAGAAUGUGACUGUAGCGAAGAGUGGGAUGCGGUCGAGAAACAGAAUAAUGCCUGCGGCGAAGACUCCGACUGCAUCAACCGUGCUACCAAGAUGGAGUGCGUGGGUGACUGCAGCUGCGGACGAGAGUGUCAAAAUCAACGUUUUCUGCGCAAACAAUACGCCGAUGUCACGGUCAUCAAGACAGAGAAGAAGGGUUUUGGACUGCGAGCCAACAAGGACCUUGUGCCUGGAGACUUCAUCUUCGAAUACAUUGGCGAGGUCAUUGACGAGCGGACGUUCCGUCGCCGCAUGAUACAGUAUGACCAGGAGGGCAUAAAGCACUUCUACUUUAUGUCUUUGACGAAGGGCGAAUUUGUGGAUGCGACCAAGAAGGGCAACCUGGGAAGGUUUUGCAACCAUUCCUGCAACCCAAACUGUUUCGUGGACAAGUGGGUGGUUGGAGACAAGCUGCGCAUGGGCAUCUUUGCUGAGCGAAAAGUUAAGGCAGGUGAAGAGCUGGUAUUCAACUACAACGUCGAUCGAUACGGAGCAGAUCCUCAGCCUUGUUACUGCGGCGAGCCUAAUUGUUCGGGUUUCAUCGGUGGCAAGACUCAGUCCGACAAUGCCACAAAGCUCUCGCAUGCCACUAUCGAAGCGCUUGGAAUUAAUGACGGCGAUGGCUGGGACACAGCGGUCCACACCAAGAAACCUCGCAAGAAGAAGGUCAGUGAGGAUGAUGAGGAAUAUGUCAACGAUCUGCAGCCACGAUCGCUCGAAGACGAUGGUGUGCCCAAGGUCAUGGCCGCUUUGCGCCAAUGCACAGAGAAAUGGAUCGCCGUCAAGCUUCUCAGCCGUAUACAGCAAAGUGACAACGAUAAGGUCGGCCACCGGAUCAUCCGCAUGCACGGUUAUGAGACCCUCAAGAAGACUCUGACCACAUGGAUGGAUGAUUUCAACGUUGUGAUGCAGGUCUUGGACAUUCUGCACAAGCUGCCGCGCAUCACUCGGAACAAGAUUCAAGACUCCAAAAUUGAGGAAGCGGUGGAGAAGCUCAAGAGCUGUGGAGACGAGCGUGUUGAGGAGUCCGCAGAUAAGCUACUCGCAGCGUGGAGCAAGUUGGAGGUCGCUUACCGGAUCCCGCGUAUGAAGAGGGAUCCCAAUGCAAGCACACCUGUCCGCACCGAGAACCACUUCGAGCGUCGCGAGAGAGGUCGAGAGCGAUCAAGAUCUAGGUCAAAGUCUCCGUCACUUACAUCCGCGCCGAAAGGCCCAGCCAAUCUGAACGCACCAUCAGGACCCCGUGUCAUCAAUGCACCGAGAGGGCCUGCUAGUGGGUUCUUUCAAGGCCCUCGUCCAGCUUCUCGACCGCGGCCCUUUAAUCCUCUGCCUCCUGGUUGGUUUCAAGCCACCUCGGACAAUGGGACCACCUACUACUACAACUCGUCAGGGACUACGCAAUGGCAGCGACCUACUAUGCCAGCAAAUCAACCUCCACCGCCGCCACCGAAAGCCAAAACCGACACGCAACUCCUGCAGGACAUCAUCUCUAGCAUCACUGCGAACGUAACACCUACCGUACCAUCAGCCUCUACAACCCCACAGCCUGCUGCCGACGACUCGAAAGACAGAAAGCACAAGAGCGAGAAGUGGCGUAGUCUGCCUCAAGAGAAGCAGGAGAGGAUUUACGAGGCGACUCUCUCUCCACACGUCAUGGCCGUCGCUGCGCACUACCGCAAGAAGCUCGAAAAGGAUGACCUCAAACGUUUGUCGAAAGAGGUGGCUAAGAAGCUAGUUAGGGGUGACUACAAGUCUGGACGCGUCAAGGACCCCGCCGCCAAAAUCAGUUCGAAACACGAGAAGACUGUGAAGACCUACGUGAAGGACUUCAUGGACAAAGCCGUCAAAAAGAAGGAGGAGCGCGAGAAGGCGAAAGCAGCUCGUGGAGGUGCAGCACAGGACGACAACGGUGCAACACCGGACACACCGCAAAUCGACAUGGAUGAUAUACUGGAAGUAACAACUGGAGUUGAGGUCUCACCCAACGAUUCGUCUUCUGAGUUGAAGCGCAAAAGAGAGGAUGAAGCAGAUGACUCACCUCGCAACAUACGUUCGCGGACGGACGAGCCACCAGCGCCGCCUCCACCUCCACCGCCGCCAGCUGGCGACAUACCCAUGGAGGUAGACGAGUCUGAUGUUACACCCAUGGACGACGGAUCGAUGGAUUCAUUCACGGAAGGCACACCCUCCAACGGGAAACUGCCCCUGCGAGCAAGCGGUCAGCCCAGCCCGAUGCAGCUUGCAACACCGCCAACCAACGGCUUCGGCGAGGGUAAGACUAAUGGCAGUAGCAACCUGCGGUAGGCGGUAGGCGGUAGACAAUGAGGGACAUCUGGGCUUCUGCACUAUAUUAUUACAGAUCUUUAAUCACUG